AUCUGAACUAUAGUAGUUCUCUCUGGUCCAUCCUCCUCUAUAGUCACCACCACCACAAAGUUCGUAGAGAGACAGAGAGAUGUCGGGCUGUGUGCAUUGUAUUUCUCCGCCGCCGGUGACCUUGUACACGUCUCGUACCUCUCCUUCAUCAGCUUCACGGUCAUCCUUCUCUUUUUCCGGCGAUGCCGUCCACUCUCUUUACCGUGUCCGACGUGUUACCAGAUCUCCAUCGAUGAUUUCCCCCAAAUUUCAGAUUGUGGCGGCUGAGAAAGCGAAGCCUCUGAAAAUUAUGAUAUCAGGAGCUCCUGCUUCUGGUAAAGGUACACAAUGCUAUGGUUUGGUGCAUAUCUCUGCUGGAGAUUUGCUGAGGGCUGAAAUCGCUUCUGGAAGUGAGAAUGGAAGACUGGCUAAAGAAUUUAUGGAGAAAGGACAACUGGUCCCUGAUGAAAUAGUUGUAAUGAUGGUCAAAGAUCGUUUGUCGCAGAAAGAUUCAGAGCAAACUGGAUGGCUUUUGGAUGGAUAUCCUAGGAGCUCAUCACAGGGAAAAGCUCUUAAGGGGUUUGGAUUCCAGCCUGAUCUUUUCAUUGUCCUGGAAGUUCCUGAAAAUAUUCUAAUUGAAAGAGUUGUUGGGCGUCGAUUGGAUCCUGUCACGGGAAAGAUCUACCACAUGAAGUAUUCUCCUCCAGAGACUGAAGAGAUUGCUGCUAGACUCACCCAACGGUUUGAUGAUACUGAAGAGAAGGCAAAACUGCGGCUAAAGACUCAUAACCAAAAUGUGACAGAUGUGCUUUCUAUGUACGACGAUAUAACUAUUAAGAUUGAGGGAAACCGUUCAAAAGACCAAGUGUUUGCCCAGAUCGACACUGCCCUGUCUGAAUUGCUCCAACAGAGAAACACCGCUCCAAGUUCACUAUUAAGCUGAAUCAUUCUUGGUACAAACCUGAGGAAGUGUUUGCCCGUAUCGAUACUGCUCCGUCUCAAUUGCUUCAACAGAUGAUGUUCACUCUGAAGUUGAAUCAUUCUUGGCAAGACCUAACCAGCGGUAAAUAUACCCUAUUACAUUCAUCAAAUUCGGUUGAUAACACUUGUAUUGCAAUAACACUCUUUUUUGUUGUUAGUAAGACAAUGUAUGUCUACCUCAAACCUCAGAAAUAUGCCACCUUCUUAUAAUCUGUAGAUUUACUGAAAAGAACCCAAUGUGUUGUCUUGUUACAAAUGACAACCAUGAAGAAUAGAACUGGUGUACUAAGUGAGUUUUAGGA